AUGCUUCCUCCACGCUCUUACCUCUUCUUCGGCUUGAAUGCCAUCCGAGCCAUCAGCGUUAUCUCCCUGCUACUCGUGUUCUCAAGCACCGUCUUCGUUAUGGUUACCAAUAUCAAGGCAGUCAAUGCUUUUGAGGCGGCCAAACAGAAUGGGGAUUUCAGCACGAACUCGACAGACCCCAAUGCAGUCAAUAUGCUCGAUUGUGAUUACAUAGAAGGUAGCACAGUUCCCAACCAAGCUGCUGGUGUCUUCUGGGCAGUCGUCUCAUCUCUGCUCAUCAUCUUCCAGGUUAUCGUCCUCCUCCUCUCCGAACUCAGCUGGCCUAUGAAAUUCUUCGACCGCUUCUUCCCUGUGCUUGGCAGCAACUUCGGAUUGGGUGCCCUUGGUAUCUUCCAAUGUCUGAUUGGUGCCCAAAUCCUUUCCCACCACGUUGACGACUUCACCCUCGGAGCUGCUAUGCUUCUCUUUUCCGUGGGAUGCCUGAACAUCCUUCUCGGGCUGAUCUUCCGUGAAUCCGCAAAGGGCAAGCGUUCUAUCGUUGCGUGGAGGAACGAGGGCAAAGGUGUUUUGCCCAUAGCCACAGGAUCAACGAGCCCAGUCUUCGUCAACGCCCUUCCUCCCCAAUUCGCGCCUGCCUUGCAUAACGGACACCCCGAGGACGAAAAGGCACGAUAUGUACCAUACCCGGAAUACGCAUCCCCAAUCUUGAGCGACAAGGCCACCUUGGGAUUCGGGAGACAGGGCGAAAAAGCCGCCGGUCUGCGUGGAUUCAUCCUCCAACGCCCUGUCGAAUCACUCCCCCGUUACGCGCCACCACCACCUCCAGCUUCAAGCCCGACCCCACAAGCUUCGCCGCAGGUGCACGCUAAACGCAUCAGCAUCCGUUCGUCGACUUCGAGCUUCGCCUCUCCAUCUCAGCCUCAAAGCCCGGCGCUCUCUUACGAAGAUUCGAGGCCAACUACGCCUGUAAAUAACCACGCUGCCCCCGCCUUCAGAUCGAGCCCGACCGCUCUCUGA